CGCCCGACACCACACAUCGUCGUAGAAGUCAGAGUUCAACAGAACACACACACCCGUACGCACAAAUCCUUGCACGAACCAACCGAUCCAUGGCGCCAUGCCGAGCCGCCGUCGUGAAGACGAGGGCGGUGUGCGUGCUGCUGCUUCUCCUACUCCUGUCGGCCGAUGUGCGGCCACAGUCCGUGGAUGGGCAGGCGCCACCGGCUCCAGAGGUGGCCGCGACGAUCGAAGCGGAUACCGACGGCCGCGGCAAUGGCACCCGCGGCGCCGGCAGCGGGAACGCCGCGAGGAAGGUGCUGAGCACCAUCGACUGCCAGAUCUGCGAGUCGACGUGCCGGGUCAAGUGCCUCAUCAACAACCUCUUCCAGUGGGGCACUUGCUACCAGCGCUGCAAGGCCGACAACUGCAACGACUGGUGUAGGUAGCCCUCCGUCGAACUAACGAGCCGGCCGAUGCAUGUCACAAGCAUGGAGCCGUGAAUGGAUCCCAAGUACAGCCGGGGGCUACAUUACUAUAGAUGUCCUUGUGUCUCUCUUGAUAAAAGAAAAAAAGAUGUCCUUGUGUCCUGCCACUGCUAAAAUUUUGGCUUCAACGCCUAUAUAUAAAGAUGACGCUGCUACUUUAAUUUCA